AUGCUUGGUCACGCAGAUGCUAGUUCACGCAGAUGCUAGUUCACGCAGAUGCUUGGUCACGCAGAUGCUAGUUCACGCAGAUGCUAGUUCAUGCAGACGCUUGGUCAAGCAGAUGCUAGUUCACACAGACGCUAUUUAACGCAGACGCUAGUUCACGCAGACGCUACUUCACGCAGAUGCCAGUUCAAUCCUUAGCGUCGCUUUAUUUGAAGAAGAUAUUUCAUGGCUUGAUGAUGCAGUAAAUAAAGUGAAUGUUAGUCUGCUUUAGCUUUAGCUCUGUCUGUGGUUUGUGGUUGCAAGUGGUUAAUGGGUGGCGGAUGCUGAAUAAGUUGAUUCCAAAGACAAGCGGCUACUUCCUGUGUGUGUGCGAGUGUGUGAGCGAGUGUGUGAGCGAGUGUGUGUGUGUAUGUGUGUAUGUGUGAAUAUGCGUCUUCCUGAUUUCUGUAUCACUUCUAAAUUUAUUAGCACUCAUGUCCUCAACUACGACAACGUCUACUACUACGACGAGACGCGGAGUGUUUAUAGCAGCACUCUUAAUUUAUCUUUAGUGAUACUAGCCGAGUGUGUGUGUGUGUGUGUGUGCGAGUGAGUGUGUGUCUGUGUGUGCGCGCACGUGUGUGAGAGCUUGAGGUUAACAGUGCAAUAAGGAUGGAAGAGUUAGCGAUGUACCACGGGGCCAUCAGUAAAGAGCGAGCUGAGAGGAUUUUGGGGGCGACCGGCCGAGACGGCAGCUUCCUGAUCAGAGACAGCGAGACCGUCCCGGGGUCCUACUGCAUCUGCGUGCUCUGUGAUCAGUGUGUGUUCACCUACAGACUCUUCCAGGUCGAAGGCAAAGUGUGGAAAACAGAGACGGCUCCCGGGGUGAAAGAGCGACUCUUCCGAAACCUCCAAAACCUUCUGGCGGCGUACCGGGAGCCGAACCAGGGCAUCGCCAUGCCGCUGCGAUUUCCUGUAAAUAAUGAUCAAGCACGACGCAAGAAACCUCAUCCUCUGCCCCGGAAACACAUCCCCUGUUAACAUGUGCUCUAGAACCUCCUGAUAUCCUGACUGUAAACAUAACAUUGCAUUUUGUUUGUGUCUUGCAUCCUGACUUCUGUUUUUCUCAUUUAAAUAACUUUUUUAAUGUGUUUAUUUAUGAUUUAUUCAGCGCACAUUCACCUCUUCAUCGGGAGGAAGAUAAGCGACGCAGAACGCAUGAAUUGUUUUUCAGAUUUCUGUAAAUUUGUCAUGAGUAAUUUACAUGAUGUAUCAAAAGAAACAGCCAGUUAGUCAUAGAAAUACUUUACACAUAAGAUAAUUUUUGUUUUAAGGUAGAGGUUCAGCAGACAUUCUGAAAUCUCUCCAUAUUAAAUCAGCAACAAAAAUCAGAACAAGGAGAAUUUCCACUUUUUUUUGGCAGCUAAGAACCCAUAAGUAUUUAUUAAUAUUUUCUUAAGGCUUUAUUAAUAUUUUCUAAAGGCUUUAUUCUAAAGGUUUCGAUUCCGUUUUUUUUUUUUUUAAGGAGGAACAUCCACAUCACCUCACACCUCACACAUCUUAAAGACAAAACUGGAUGAAUUUAUUCAUAUCUUCAGUAAUACUGACAUUAAGUAAUAAUUAAAACAAAUGUAAAUAGUGUUUUUAAAUAAUUCAGUGAAAGAAUAUUUGUGCUA